AAUAUUUUUACUGCUGUUUCUAAUAAGCCUUGUAUAUUUCACUGCGUUUGUCUACCAUAUUUGUUUUUAUUUUAGCGCAAAACAGCGCGUCAUUAGAAAGUACGUAAUUAUUCACGAACGUCAAUUUUUAUUGGAUUGGGAAAUUUUAUUAAGCUUGAAUAAAGUAUUAUAAUUUUAAAGUAGUUUCGCUUUAACAAGAUCUUGCUAAGAAAAAGAGUUGUUAUAAAACGUUAAAACGUUAGUUAACGACCAGUGAAAAUUUUCGAAAUGUUACUUUUUGUAUCAAGCUUUUUAGAAAAUAUCAUACGGAAGCUGUUCAACGUCGAUCCCGAAGCAUCAAGAAAGAGAUCUGGAUACAAGAUUGUGCAGAUGUUAUUGCCUCUAUCUUUAGCUACUUUUCGUUGUGGUUUAUGAACACUCAUUAGUAAUUCAAAUAGUGAAUUUUGAGAAUAGCUUUUCACAAACAUUUAUAUGGUACAAUAAGUUAGCACAAAUAUUAAUGAUAUUUCUCAAAAAAAUAUCAAACUCGUUCUCAGAGCCCCUUACUUUAAUGUUCGAAUCCCCGUCCUAAUUUCAGAGAAGAUACAACGUGCACUGGGGACGAAAUUGAACAUUUAAAAUAAUAUUAAGUCGUACGAAAAAAGAUUUUUCAUCGUCUUCUCUCAUUUAUAAAAAAGACAAAAACCCUGGGGACGAUGGUGCAAUGAUUUAGUUAUUGUAUAUGAUUUUUUGGAAAAUAAAACUGGGAAAAUUAGUUGAAAAAAAAUUCCACUGGGAAAAUAUUUCGAGACAGUUCGUCAAUCUAUGAAAAUUGAGUUUUCUCAGUCUAUUUUGAGGUUAUUACUUUAUUCUAUUAUUGUUUCAUAGAAAAAAAUACUGGAAAAGGAUUAACUAGAAAAUAAAAUUCCCUAUUUCUCUUUUUCUUAUCAAACUAUGUUUUCUUUCAUUUCAGUAGUAAAAAAAUAAACAUGGCAGGCACGGAGUUAAUAAAAUCGCUUUCUGACAGUGUAUGUUGGAGAAUAGCGUCAAAACUAGAUCGAAAGGAAUCACCAAAUUGGAAAGCGCUAAUUGAACAAAUAAACUCAACAGCCAAGACAUAUAAUGAAAAAGCUAUUUUGAAAUUUCAACUAGCGAUAUUAAAGCCACACGGUAGCCCAACAUUACAGUUAUUAGAAGAUUUAGGUCGAAAGAAAAAAACUGUCUUGCAGUUAAUAACAUGGAUGAAAAUGUUAAAAGACUUUCCAGAUCUUGUCGAGCUGUUGGAACGUGGCGAAGAUGCUAUAAAAUUAUCAGCACCUGCCAUUAUUACACAGCCUCAAUCUGAAGUAUACGUGGUUGGCGAGAUCUUGCGUAUGUCGUUUGACGUUCGUGGAGAAAAUCCUUUAAAGUUUCAGUGGUUUAAGGGAAGCUUGGAAUUGUCAAAUCAAACCAUGCAUGUAUUAACAUUGACAGAUCUACGAAUUGAAGAUACUGGUUUUUACAUUUGUAGAGUUUCAAACGAGUAUGGGUACGUUUUUACAGAUUGGGCAAAAGUUGAUGUCUCCCAUACACCUUACCGUGAAACAUUCAAUGAACCCGUCAUCACAAUGCAUCCUCGAUCAAUGACCUAUGGAUGUGGGGAGACACUAACAUUAUACGCAGAUGCUGUGGGAAAUCCAGCACCUUUUUUGCAAUGGUUUCUUAACGAUGAACCACUGUUAGGGAAAUGUCAACGUGAGUUAACUAUACCGAAUGUAAUGCUUGGCGAACAUGAUGGUUUAUAUAAACUGAAAGCUUCCAAUAAACAUGGCUCCGCCGUGUCAUUACCAGCUCAAAUCAGCAUAGGUAAAUCCGAGCGUGUUGAAAUACCAGAUAAACCUUGUAUAGGUAGAAAAGCAAAUGUUAAGGGGCAGACGUCAGGCCGUGGGCCCGACGUUGAUGUUAACGACACUGGUGUGUCGAUCGUAGCACCUAAUAUGCCGUCGGAAAAAUUUGCCUUGGUGAUCGGUAACCAAGACUACGUCGAGCAUGACUCACUUGGUCAGCUUGUUCACCCAAUUAACGACUCAUAUGAGAUUGCAGCAGCGUUGAUGAGCAUUGGGUUCAAGGUUGUUUCACUAGUUAACUUGGAUCUUGAUUCGAUGAAAAAAGCUGUUCAGUUUUUCUGUAGUUUGCUGGAUUCUGGCUCGUAUGCUCUCUUUUACUUUGCUGGGCAUGGAUUUGAAGUCGAUGGAGAGAAUUAUUUAAUGCCUAUUAAUGCAACGAGUCAUUACAAACCAUCAGAAAACGUUUCACUUUCUAACGUGUUAAAAUCAAUGACCGGUGGCCCCGAAUUACCCAAGUUAAAUGUUUUGUUACUCGAUUGCUGCCGAACAGAACCAGACUUUCUCCGUAAGGAUCCCAUACCUAAGCUGUGGCAACAGCAACGUAAGAACGUUGUCAUUGGUUACGGUUGCUGCUCCAAAGGUCGUGUUUUAGAAUCUCCGAUGAUGAAGAAUGGUUAUUUUGCUCAAUGCUUAGCAGAAAACAUAGUCAAAGAAGUAAAAAUUGACGAUGUUUUGUUCGAAGUAUCUCGAGCAAUACAUCAAGAACGGAUAGUGGACCCAGCAACUGGCCGUACGCAGGUAGUUUACCGUCACAGUACCGUAGUAGAUGAGUGUAAACUGACUGAUCUUUCUAAAUCGCAAGCCAACUUAACCGAGAAACCACUCGAAAAGACGUUACUAUGGCAACAAGCUCACAAGGCGCCUAUGUCCCCUGUCACCAUCCUUGACAACGAACUUGGAACUGUCAAGCUGAUCUUUACAGCGCAAUUUUCGAACUGCUUGCUUAUUCAAAGCGAGGUAAAGCCGAAUCCAAACACAACAGCGUAUAGUGUAAUGUUUAUUUUACCGCAAACUAUUGGUGGAGCGCAAGUUGAGAUUAUCACGCCAGAGAAAGAUGAGAAAGUCGAAGAUAAAGUUGUGCGCAUCUCACGGCUGGAAUAUUUGGAGGGCGAUAUAAAUAUUCACGUGCAGGUGCAAUUUGAAGUCAAUGGCGUCUUGCAAAAUCAAGCGGCGUUUUAUAGAAUCACAGAGAAGCCGCUCUAUGCAAAAGUUUCUGAUGAAAUAAAGCAAUUAACAUUGAAAUAAAAACGAGUUUUAAUAAAUUUUGUAUGUGAAAAAACAAAAGAGUAGAUUUCUAUCUAAAGAGUUUGUUUUUUAUCAUUUUGGAUAUAAGAACAUUUUUGAGAGAUUAUAGGAGUAAUUUUUAUAAAAAUUUAAGAUGUAAUUCUUAAUUUAUGUUUUUAUGUUUCAAUUAAAAGGUCAAAAAUCGAAUAGUUUUCGACGUAA